UAUAAAACAAAAUAGUUUACAAUAAUUGGCGCUUUAAGUUUCAUUUGUACGCUUAAAUAAUUCGUAUACAAAACUUCAUAGCGGCAUAAUUUUUUAGCAAAAUUAAAAUUGAUUUCUAUAAAAAAAUAUUUGCCUCCGCAGUGUAGUUAAAAUAAUUUGUUAUAUAUAAAUAAAUAAGUGCAAACAUUUUAAAGUCCCUUCCAUUCAACUGACUUACAGUUGGAAAACAUUCUAAAUAGUUUACAAAUUAUUGCAAUUAAUUUAAUUAUAUUAAUUAAAUUUAAUUUUCAAGAAUCAAACUUUUUUAAGCUCACAAAAAUGUGCAUAGCUUUCGAUUCUUGCCCCGAAAAUUCACACAGAUUUUAGUAGCACUUAAUGAUAAGUAAAUAAAAUAAUUCCAAUUAUAAACUUUUUAAAAGAAAUAUAAUAUAUAAUUAUAAAUAAAAAUAAAAAAAACAACGAACAGAAAAUGCCGUCGCCGAGCAAGAAGCAAGCUCAGCCGCAUUUGUCUUUAAUGACCAGCAGCAAUGAUGAUGAUUAUAUGAAAUUAGCCGAUGCCGGUAUCAGCAAUGAUGCUUUUCAAGCGCCGCCAACACCACAAACGGCAACAACAAAUAUCUGCGAUAGCAUGGAAUUCAUUUCCGCCACACCAAAUCCAAAUACAGUCAACACUAAACACACCAAUAACACUAAUGAAUUAGUUUUAAGAAAUAAUAGCAACAAUAACAGCAACAAAACCAAUAAGAAUGACAACACACCAUACUACACCAGUAACAAUGGCGUACCACAUGGACACUAUCGAUAUACAUUGCCAUUGUCACUGACAGCGCCAUUGCCACAACCCUUGCCACCACCAAUAGCACAACAAAAAGAGCAACAAUUACAAAAAGUUCAACAACAGGAUGAUAAAUAUAGAUUAUAUACAAUUUAUGGAAAUGACACCGACAAUGACAAGUUGUCCGGUCUCCCACAAUCGACGACUGGUUCACUAAGCUCAAUCAUCACGACGUCCAUAGCAUCCUCAGAACCAGAUCCUGGCACGGGUGGUGGUGGUCGUGGUAGCGGAGGCGGAGGCGGUGGUGGUGGAGGUGGCAGCAGCAGCAUUGGCGCUUUAGAUGCGAGCAGUAUUGCCGGUGUGCCUGGCAGUAGUGAUGAGAAGUUGGCCUUAAAUCGACCAGGUAUUAAGCAGGAGAAAUGGUCAUCAAUAUUAUUGCAAGUGUCGAUACCGUUCUUUUUGGCCGGUGUGGGCACAAUCGGUGCGGGUAUUGUGCUCGGCCGUGUAGAGAAAUGGCGUGUUUUCAAAGAGAUCACCGAACUAUUCAUACUCGUUCCGUCACUGCUUGGCCUCAAGGGCAAUCUCGAUAUGUGCCUCGCAUCACGUCUCUCCACACAGGUCAAUUUGGGUAAUAUGACGUCACGUAAAGAAGUCAUUCGUAUGAUUGUCGGCAAUAUAGCAUUGGUUCAAGUGCAGGCGACGGUUGCGUCCUUUUUGGUUGCUAUGUUUGCCAUUGUUGUUGGUUUGGCGAUGGAUGGUACAUUCUUUUUUGAACAUGUUAUGCUGCUGAUAGCGUCCUCUAUGUUCACGGCGACCUCAUCGUGCUUUGUUUUAGAUUUUGUGUUAGUGGCUGUGAUAUUAUUGUCUGAAAAAUUCAAUUUAAAUCCUGAUAACUUAGCAACACCGUUAGCGGCAUCUAUCGGUGAUGUCGUUUCAAUAAGCUUGCUCUCCUUCAUCGCUUCAUUGCUAUUCGAUCACAUAAAAACUCAUUUAUGGAUCACAUUUGUUAUAGUCGCUUGUUAUUUAGUGCUUUUACCCAUGUGGGUUGCUAUUGUGCUCAAAAAUAAAUAUACUCGUCCGGUAUUGAAGAGUGGCUGGGUGCCGGUACUCUCUGCGUUGUGUAUAAGUGGCUUCGGCGGUCUUGUGCUCGAUGCCUCUGUUGAAAUAUUCAGCGGAUUCGUCUUGUUUCAACCAAUUAUUAACGGCAUUGGUGGUAAUUUGGUGUCGGUGCAAGCGAGUAAAAUCUCAACAAUGCUUCACCAGAGCUCUAUUAUUGGCAUUAUACCACCACAUACGAAGAUUUUCGAAUGGCCAUGGAAAGCGCUAUUCAAAGGAGUUCCAUAUGCUAAAACGGCGCGCAUACUCCUUGGCAUGUCAAUUCCCGGUAAUAUUGUGUUCGUGUUUGUUGCCGAUUACAUACACAUGUCUACGUCCACGGUUACUAUUGCUUUCGUUUUAUCUUAUCUGACGGCGAGUUUAAUUCAGGUUAUGUUACUGUUGUAUAUUGCUCACGUUAUUGUGCAUGCAAUGUGGAAAUGGAAAAUCGAUCCCGACAACUCAUCGAUUCCUUAUCUAACUGCGCUGGGCGAUUUGCUGGGUUCAAGUUUAUUAGCGCUGGCUUUCCUCUUCCUGCUUUCGAUUAAUCAAGAAUACGGCACUGAACUGAACGAACUCAAUGCCUCGAACUGAGAGCGAAAAAACGAGCGCCCCAAAUAAAUUACAUAUAUGUACAUAUAUGAUAAUAAAGGAGAGAGGGGUGUGAGGCUUCAACGUUUAGGAUAAAACAAAUAAAUACAACAAUUAAAUGAAAGGCUUUAAAGUGAUAAACGAAAAUUUAUUAAAAGAAGAAGAAGUUCCCGAUUUUCCCAAGCCGAAGCGUGGUAAAGCAACAACAAAACGCAUACAUUUACCAACCAACCUUCAGUACGUACCUAAAGAGCAUUAAUUUAUUUUUUUAAGCCAAGCCAUAAAUAAUAACCUUAUAAAAUAAUAUAUAAAAAAAAUAAAAUAACAUGAAAGCGUUAAAAAUCGAUGAUUUUAAUAUAAGUAUAUGUAUUUAUGUAAAAAGUUAUUUAAUACUAUUAAUUUUAAAACGAAAAGUGGAAUGUUGGGGUAAAAGAAAUAAAAACGAAGGGGUACAAAUGAAACGAAUUGCAAGUGCGACUAUUUAUAGUAACUGUAAAAUUAUGUAGUAAAGAAAACGAUUUAUAAGCAAAAGGAAAAACAAAACAAUAACAAGGCAAGUAUGUGUGUAUAUACGAGUAGGUUAAACGAAUUAUGCGCGAAUUUAUAUUAAUGGCAAAGAUUAAAAAAAAAAAUGAGAGUUAUGAAAUUUGCUGGUAUUCAAAAUGUCACGCCUAAAACGCAAGCCAAAUCAUACACCUACAUAUGUAUGUAUGUAUUGUAUUCAAUUGUGAAAAGACUUGCAUACAGAUAGUAUUAAAAACAUAUAUGUAUAUUUGUAUAUGCUAACACCAGAAUGUAUGUAUGUGUAUAUGUAUGGCGGUGAAGUAUAUGCCACAAAUGCAAUUAAAAACUCGUUUACUCGGUAGCGUUGCAGAUCAAUACAAUAAUAUUGUUAAUAAUUAUAUGCGUAAAUAAAGAAUUAGUACAGAAAAAGUGUCAGAAAUAAAGUAAAAUAAAUUAAUAACCAAUUGUUCACAAAAUAAGCAUAAUAUUAAUGCAACAUAUGUGUAAUUAUUAACGACAAGUGAGAUUUUUUAAUAUUGAUUCGUAAACUAGCUUGAGUUUGUUUAAUUAAAAUAAUGCAAUAAAGUCAAAAAGUAUAUAAAAUAUUAGUACUUAGUUCAUUACACCUUGUUAAAAUGCAAAACGAAAAAAAACAUACAUAAAACAACUCAAUUAUUACAUAAUAAGUAAAGUACGUGAAACUAAAACAGAUGGCAUGAUUAAAAAGCUUUAAGUUCAGUAUGUUUAUAUUUAAUAUUUUUAUAAUUUAUUUAUUUUUACAUUCCAUUUUAUUUUUUUUUUAUUUUAUUUUUUUUUAUAUUAUAUUUUAUUGUUAUUUUUUAGUAUUUUUGUAUAAAUAUUUUUUAAUAAUUUUUUAGUUUUUUCAUAUUGCCUUUGCGUUUCUGUCCACAUUGCAAGUAUUUGUAACUAUUCUUACACACCUUGCCCUAAACCACCGGUUAAAUCAAAUGUUUAUUAUGCCACUUUCUCAUUGCUACAUAUGUUUGUUAUUAUUUUAUUAAUAAUAAAUAUAAAUAUUAAUAUUAAGUUAAUUAAAAAUAUUCAAAAAACAAUAUUGCCAAAAAAAAACAGAUUUCAUUUUUGUAAAUCUGUACACAAUAUUUUGUUGGUAUGUAUGCAAAUUCGAAUGCUCAUUUAAGUAUUAAGAAUUUAUGCAUACGAUUAUGAUUUUAAUUGUGCGACGGAGUUUUUUAGAUAAUAACUUAUAAUGUAGAUAAAAAUAAAAAGUAAACAAGUAUUUAAAUAUGUUCCAAAACUAUUACCGUUAUGUAGUUAAAAAGCUUAAAAUUUAUUUAAAUAUCUGUAAAAAGUUUUGUUAAAUUUUUACUUUUGAAUUUUAAAGUAAAAGUUCCCAUACUUAAUUCAACAUAUUUUUAUUUAGUAAUUUAAUUUAUAUUUUUAGUGAUUAUUUAAUUAUAAUGGCAUUCGAGUUAAAUUUACAUGUCACGUGUACAUGCAGCCGCGUGCGGGUUUUUAUGGGAAAUGUGAUCGAUAUUAAAUAAUUAUUUUUAAAAUAGAAUUGUAAAUUGUGUAUGCUACUAUUUAAUUAUGUUAUAUUAUGUAAUAAUUUUUAGUUACUUAAGAAUUACCGAGAAAAAUAAUUUGUAAGUAAACAACCAAAUAAAAAAGUAUAAGUAAAAUUGCGAAAUAAAAUGUUUAAAAAUGAA